CUUCCUCUUAUGCAAAUGGAUAAUUCUUCCACAUGUAAUAGUUUUUCUAAUUAUAGUGCAAAAAAUUCAGAUUAUGAUUCCCAAGAAGAAAGUAGUUGGACAUUUUAUUUUCAAGAUUUUAUGUCAAACAAUAAUAAUUCUAAUGAACAAAAUUCUUUGUGUUCUAAUGAAUUACACAUCAAUAAAAAUGGUGGUUUAGCUAUUAAUGAAAAUAGUAUUAAUAAUAAUAAUAAAUCUGUUUUUAAGAAGAGAAAGAUGAAAGGAGUAGCAAGAGAAGUUGAUGAUGAUCUUGAAGAUACAGCAAGUUCACCUGUCAAUAGCCCCAAGGUGUCUUAUAUGAAUGAGUUGUGCUUUAAAAGUCAGAAGGGGAAAAGUUCUGCAAGUAUUUUUGAGGGAAAAGGAAAUAGUAUUUCUGGCCAGCAAAUGAUGACUAGUGGAUUGAAUAAUUCUACAAAGGAAAAUGACUCUACACAAUUGAAGAAACAAGGAUUAUGCUUAGUACCUAUCUCUAUGUUCACAAAGUGAUGCAUGGAUAAUUAAAUUUGCUACUCCUACAUAAAAUGUAUAUAUAUUUCUCUAUUUUUUUCGUUUUCACUCGAUAUUUGGUAUCAAUUUAGAGGUCUGACAACAUUCGAUUUUGCAUUGAGAAGUCUUGUGUUAAGGGAUAAAAUGUCCUCUAACAAAGACGACUUUAUUCUCAUGGCUCGUAUCGAGGACAUGCAUAAACUUACGUACCAUAUAU